AUGCAGUCUGGCAUUUCUGCCUCCCAGGAGCUUGUCUCCCAGUUCAACACCCUCCUCGGCAGCGACAAACACUUCGGCCUUCUCGUCACUAUCGACAACGAGACCCUCGCUCCCGUCCAGUUCCUCCCCAAGUCCUCCGACUCGUUCGACGACAACCUGUCCGCCCUCCAGCCGCACCUCAAGCCCAACGAAGCCCUCUAUGCCCUCCUCCGCCGCUAUGAUACCGCUCCUCGCCUGACGGCCGUCACAUACGUCCCCGACUCCGCCAAGGUCCGCCAGAAGAUGCUCUUCGCCUCCACCCGCCUGACUCUCGUCCGUAAGCUGGGCUCCGAGCACUUCCGCGAGUCCAUCUUCGCCACCACCCCAGAGGAGCUUUCUGCCCAGGGCUUCGUCAAGCACGAUGCCCACACCGAGCUUGAGGCCCCUCUCACUGAGGAGGAGCGUAGUCUCGGUGCAGUCAAGCAGGCUGAGGCCGAGGCGAGCACCGGCACGGGAACCCGCGAGAUCCAUCUUAGCAAGACUCUCGCCAUGCCUAUCGCCGAGGACGCUCUCGCUGCCAUGAAGGACCUGAACGGCGGUCGUACGCUGGUCAUGUUGAAAAUCAACCCGGAAAAGGAAUCCGUCGAGCUCGUCCCUUCUUCCGAAAGCCCCUCCAGCAUCACCGAACUCACCCAGACCAUCUCCUCCACCGAGCCUCGCUUCACCUUUUACCGCUUCACCCACACCCACAACGGCGCCGAGUCGAGCCCCCUGCUCUUCAUCUACACCUGCCCCGUCACUCCCGGCAACAAGGCCAUCAAGAACCGCAUGCUGUACCCGCUCAUGAAGCGCGCCGUGCUCGAGAUUGCGACCAGCGAGGCCGGCCUGACGCUGGACAAGAAGCUCGAGGUCGAGGAGCCCAGCGAGGUCACCGAAGACUCGGUCCUGGCCGAGCUGCAUCCCAAGGUGACGGCCAGACAAGGCUUCAGCAGACCCAAGCGUCCCGGAAGAUAA